AUGGGCGGGAGGCCCCGGCGAGCUGGGUGUCGAGGGAAGAUGGCCGUUGUGGGUGCCUGGACCACCCUGGGGGAGCCUGUUCCAGCCCCUCCACGCUUGGCUUGCCGUGCCUUGGAGCUGGGGGGUGGCAAGAAGAAGCGGGCACCCUGGGACCUGAAGGGCCAAGUGAGCGACUUGCAGGCAGAGCUCAAAACCUACAAAGAAGAGGUGCAGCAGCUGCGCAAGGGGGGCCAGGAGCUGGAGGAGCAGAGGCAGGAGUUGCUGGCCCGUAACGGGGACCUGGACCGCCAGCUCCAGGCUGUGAAGUCCGAGCUGCACGUGUCCCAGGAGCAGGCCCAGCAGCGCCUCAAGGAAGUGAAGGAACUGUCGGAUCUGAAGCACCAACUGAAGCAGCAGCUCACUGACACCACUAGGACCAACAAGGAGCUCGAGGGGACCAACAAGGACCUGGAGAUGGCUAAGCGGGACCUGUCAGCCCUGCUGGAAGCCAGAGAGGGGGACCUGGCUCAGAGCACACAGGAGAACAGGGAGCUGAAAGCCCAGGUGACAACCCUGCUGCAGGCUGCAACGCAGAGAGAAGACCAGUUGCACCAGCUGGAGAUGGACCGGCGGCGGCUGCACAACCUGGUGCUGGAGCUCAAGGGCAACAUCCGCGUGUUCUGCCGUGUGCGGCCCCUGCUGCCCUCUGAACAGGAGGCGGGGAAGGGGCUGGAGCACUUGCAUUUCCCCCCACAGGACAAUGGAGCACUUGUGCUCUCUCGGCCGGAGGAGUCCCACACCGGGCGCAGCUGUAAAGGCAACACGAGGUACGACUUCAGCUUCGACCGCGUGUUCCCCCCAGCCUGCUCCCAGGCGGACGUGUUUGAGGAAAUUGCGCAGCUAGUGCAGUCAGCGCUGGAUGGUUAUCACGUUUGCAUCUUUGCCUAUGGACAGACGGGCAGUGGGAAGACCUACACCAUGGAGGGGCCGGACAACCUGGACCAGGAGACCCUGGGCAUGAUUCCCCGAGCCGUGCGCCAGGUCUUCCAGGGCGCACAGGAGCUGGAGCCCAAAGGCUGGGAGUAUAGCUUCUCAGCAAGCUUCCUCGAGAUCUACAAUGAAGGCCUGCGUGACCUAUUGGUGGGGCGCUCAGACCAGGCCCCUGAUCUGGAGAUCCGGCGUGUCAGUCAGGCCAGUGAGGAUCUCCACGUUCCCAACCUGCGCUGCGUGCCUGUGGCUUCUGAGGAGGAGGUGCUGAAGCUCCUGCACACAGCCAAAGCCAACCGCUCUGUGGCAAAGACUAUUCAGAAUGACCGCUCAUCUCGGAGCCACAGCGUCUUCCAGCUGUGCAUCAAGGGCUACAACACUGACCGGGCCCUUCGCUGUGCCUCUGUGUUGAGCCUGGUCGACCUGGCGGGUAGUGAACGCCUAAAGCCACAGUCAAAGACCGAGCGGCUGCGGGAGACACAGGCCAUAAAUGCCAGCCUGUCUACAUUGGGCCUGGUAAUUUUGGCAUUGUCUAAAAAGGAGCCCCAUGUGCCUUAUCGUAAUAGCAAAUUGACCCACCUCCUCCAGAACUCACUGGGCGGCAACUCUAAAAUGCUCAUGUUUGUAAACAUAGCACCACUGGAGGAGAACAUCGGUGAGUCGCUGAACAGCCUGCGCUUUGCCAGCACGGUUAAUCAGUGUCACAUCGGCACGGCACCAGCACACAAGAAAGGAGGAGGGGGUCUACCACGGACUUCAGAUGUUGGGGGUGGUGGGAAGGGACCUGGUCCCAGCUGAGGGGUGGGGUGUGAAGGAACAAAACGCUCUUUAUUUUUUACUCUUUUAUUUCUUUUUAAAAUCUUUUAUAUCCAAUAAAGCGUCGGUGUUAUUGCUUCCUGGGAUCUUUCCUUGGGAGGAGGUAGCAAGCUGGACACGGAGCCAGGCCUCACUGGAGAAGCGAUGGGGGCUAUUUGCCUCUUCUGCACUUUGCUGGUUCAUAUUAGCCCUGGGUGGGGGGAAAGGGUAGUGGGUCCCAUACCAGCUUGAAGGAGGCUGGAGCUUGGGUGGGGGCAGUGCUGCAGAAGGGGUUGGGGCUGGUGUGGGCACAGCAGGAGCGUUGGGGCACACCCUGACUUGUGACUCUAGGCCACAGCCCUGGACACUCCUUGGCAAGCCAGAGUACUUGUGGGGGAAGCACCUGUGACCUAGGGCUCUGAAGCACUGUAAGUAGAGCCCUUGGCCUGACCGGGGCCAGAGGAGCUGAAGGAUACCCGGACUACCAGCGAAGGCAGUCCUGGCCCAGCAGAGUGGGAUGGCACAGGCAGUACGUAGAGGACAGAACAGCAAACCCCAGUAGCUGGAAAAGGCCUCAACCUGUGGCUGCUGCCAGAUGGCAAAACCCCCAGGUGCCAGCCCUGGAUGAGUCUCCCCAUCCCACUGGGCUGGGCAUUAGCUUGAGGUUGGUUUGCUGGUGGCUCUCAUGACCUGCUUUGGGUUUCUAUUAAUGCUUCCCACAGUUCAUUGGGGUGGGGAGGGGGUUGUUUCCUUGGGGUGAUGGAUUUAAUGGGCCCCUACCCUGUUACCACGACAACAACAAGCAUUCAAUGCUUUCCCUCAUUCUCCCUCUCCCCAUCUCAGGGUGGUGUUAGGCAAAGCCCCUGCCUUGUUCCUGUAUUAGCACCUCCAUGUCUGGCCUCACUGCUCACUCCCUUUUGCUCUAGCAUACACAAGCAUGCUCCUCCACUUCCCUGCAGCCCAUGUUCAAGGCUAAAGUGUCAGAGCUCAGCCGAGAAGUGCCUACUGAGAUGGAUUAACAGCAACACUGCUCAGCUUUUAAGCUGUGAGCCUGAGAUGGACCAUGCUGCACCUAAAGUUCAUUGUCCUGAAUAGUGGGCCCAGAGCCACUAGGCACAUCUGCAGUAACUGGACUGUCCAAAGAAGGAGCGAAUAUCCAGGAGCCUGUUGCGCUGGGGUGAUUGCCUGUAGUCGACAUAUUCCGUCAACUCAGGGCAGGCAAGUCCAGUGAGAGGGACAAGUCAGGGUUUGGAGUGAGACCAGUGUAGGAAGGCCCAGAGGGUUAGCCUACAAGCCUUUGUGCUUGGGCAAGGGUGGGGUGUGUGUGAAUGUGUGUGUGCCCUUCUCCCCCUGCAAUAAACCCUAUUUCAGUGGGAUUUUGCCUGCUUCCCCUUGUCUCUAGGUGGAGGGUUGAGCCAGACUUGAGAAGUUGGUGUAAAAUGCCUGGAUUUGUAGGAGGUGGAUACCAGGCCGGGCUGCACGAGGGCUGGCUUUGGUCCUCUGGUUUCACAGCACAGGAGGAUUGACGCAGAGACCCGCAGCCUAGCUAACAGGCUGCCUGGGAAGAAUGUGGAGACCGAUGCCCGUGGCCCUGAUGUGCAGGAUCUGUCUGUGCCUGGCCCCUGCCUCAAACUAGCCUGCCAUCAUGGGUAACUGUGCCCUUGCUGGGCUGUUACACACACGCACACUGAACCAUUAGCUUCCUGGUUAAUGGAGUUUGUCUAUAGCAUGGAAUGCUCUGCUCUUGCCUUAUAUUUCCUCCUGAUGGAGACAGCCAGACUCAACCAGAGUGAGGGGUUGCUUGUCCCUGUCUAGGCUUGAGGGGGGAGGAACAGCAGUGACUGACACAGCCUGACAGGGAGGUGAAAGGGUCCUGAUCUUUGUCCCCUAGUGGGGGUGUGAGCCCCUUAUUAGGUUACAUCUGCCCUUUGGCUGCAAGGUCCUGCCUAUUGAGAGCAUUGGAAGAGCAAGUGUUGGCACAGAAGGAGUUGAAGACAGAACAAUGUGUUUUAGGAAGCAGGGUCCCUGACACUGGCAGCACGAGCCUGCAGGGGCCCCAGUGCCUUUCAGCGGGGCAGUGGGACCCCCCCAAAGCCUGCAGUGCACAGCUGUACUGCAAGACUUGCUGAGGGUAGGGCAGCACAAGAACAUCAACAGGGCCAAACUGGGUCAGAUCCAUGGUCCUAGCUCAGUGUCCUAUCCCCAACAAUGACAAGAGUAGAUGCUAUAGAGUGGGGAGCACUGAAUAGGAUCUCUCAAGCACCCUCGCCAGGCCUGCUCUCUGCCUGUGGCACUUUGGAGGGUGGAAACGUGACAGGUCUGGGCUGGACGGAAAGGGAACCUGUGGCUGGGUUGGGCAGGAGUUCAGGCCUUAUGGCCCUGGGUCCCUCUGGGCCUCAUUCCCUCCUAGAAUGAGCCCCAGAUUCUGAAGCUGCUGCACACCGCCAAAGCCAACUACUCGGUAUUGAAGGUAGCGUAGAAUGACCGCUUGUCCCAGAGCCACAGCCUCUUCCAGCUGCACAUUAAGGGCUGCAAGACUAGGUGGGCCCUGCACUGGCCCUGUGAAUGUGGGGCUGGGGCAGUGCUGGCGGGGGGGGGUCCUCUCUGGCAGGUCCUGUGUCAGCCCCUCCCUCUGCCACAGCUCUGCUGAGCCUAGUAGACCCAGUGGGUAGUGGGCAAGAUGCAGCCAAAGGGCAAGCGUCUGUGGGAGACGCUGGCCAUCAACGCCAGCCUUUCCAUGCUGGGCCUGGUAAUCCUGGUGCUGUUCAAGGUAAGGGAACCCCCAAGCCAGAACCACCCCAUCAGGCUGGGGUCUUGCUGUAUCCUGCCAGGUGGCAGGUGGGGCAGGCAGGCUUGGCACAGAUUGCCAGCCUGGUCCAUUCCGUUUAACAGAUGUUGUCUGUGUAUCUGGGGUGGUGCUAGGACCCUUGCUCCAUCUUUCCCUCUGGCAGGAGCCCCCCAUGCCUUAAAAACAGCUGUGACCCACUUCCUCCAGAACUUGCUGGGCUGCCAGUCCAACAUGCAUGGUAAACAUAACAUCACUGGAGGAGAACAUCACCACAUUGCUCAGCAGCCUGCAUGUCACCACCACGAUGCAUGCUGGGGGAGAGCUGUCCCUAUCCUACCCUCACUCUCUGCUGCUGCCUCCUCACCCCCUGUCUCUCAUCUUUCAGGUGAAUCAGGAAUGACCUCCUAUUCAAUCCCCUGCCUAGCAUCCACCAUUAUUGAGUGGGAGAUGCCAGGCGAAACAUGUCCAGCUGUUUUGUUCAAUAGGCAUUAACAGAUCAAUCAUGCAUGAAUUUAUCCAGCUCCCUGUUUUCCCUGGCUCCUCUCUCUGCUUCCACCAACCCCUGUGGCAAUGAAUGUUAACAGUGUGUUAACGCAGUGUGUUAACACGUGUUAACAGUGUGUUGUGUAAAAAUCAAUGCAUUUUAAAGUCCUUGUUGGUUUAAAACCUGUCAUCUCAUUGCAGCAGGUGCCCCCUGGUUCUAGUCUUCUGGGGUGCGGGGAACAGCAGGUCCCUGGUUGCUUGGUCUGCCCGCUUCAUGAUGUUAUAGACCUCCGUCCUUGACCCCCUCAAACUUCGUUCCAAAUGGAAGAGUCUGAGCCUUUUUUUGUGGUCUCUCCUAGCUUUGGAACAAUUUGGGCAGCUCCAAGAUGCCCAAGGGGUAGGACAUGGGACUGGCCAGCUGGAGACUUGGAGCUGGAAGGAAGA